UGCUACUCCGUUUCGGAAGGAAUUCAGAUUUAGCAACAUAAAAACAGAUACUGCAGCGUGACGGCAGUAGGAAAACGCUUGAUCUUCAUCCCAGGACAUCGACAGCACAGCUUUUUGCAAAGAAAAUUGCUCCUUCGGUGAUCGAAAAUAGUAAUGGUAGUGUAAGCAACCAUGAGCGUAAUCGAUUUUCUCCUCAGCAGAAACAGUCGCGUUGAGUAGGGGAAAGGGAAUUGCCGAAACCGGCCAUUCGGCCAAUAUUGUUCAAACCCUACCGUUCAAUGCUUUCAAAUCGUACCUCCCAAAAUUAUUCGGUUUUCGUACGACGCACGGCAGCAAGCUAUCCGAUCAUCGAAAGCGUGUGAGUUGAGCCCUGAAUGGUGGUAGCUAGUGGACGAGUUGGCAGAUUAUACUACAACCUUUGCUGAAGAUGAUCCGCCGACUAUUCAGUACACUCAUCGCGGAUUACCCUCCGGCGGGAGAGUUUUUACCUUCAGCGCCUCAACCUAGCAAUAGGCAACCGUCCGGAGGUGGAGCGGAAGUGGUACCUCCGGCUUUUCGCACUAAUUCGCUACAAUCCUUGAGCUGGCUGCACGCUAUUUCCCCCUGCUUUCCAGUGUCAGGCGAUUGUAUAGAGGUCAUCCGUGAGCCCAGCACGUUCUACAACACGCUGCUAGACAAAUGUUCCGUCGCGCGUCGUAGAAUCAUGCUCGCCAGUCUAUACCUUGGCACGGGUAACCUUGAAACGCAACUAGUUGCCGCAAUCCAUGAAAAUCUGCGUAACAACGUACAGCUGAAGGUGGACGUCCUGUUGGACUUCACGCGAGGUACACGUGGUGUGCGCAAUAGUCAAACCACCCUAAUGCCCUUGGUGGAAGAGACGGAUAAUUUCCGCCUUUCGCUCUACCAUACGCCAGUUCUGCGUGGACUCACGAAACGGCUCGCUCCACCGCGAUGGAACGAGCUGCUCGGUAUACAGCACAUGAAACUGUACCUGGUGGAUGACACGGUUAUUAUUUCCGGUGCGAAUCUGUCGAACGAUUACUUCACCAAUCGGCAGGAUCGGUACGUGAUGAUCGAAGACCGACGACUUGCCGACUUUUACGCCAACUUCCUGUCGAAGGUGCAAGAGUUUAGUCUGACGGUUGGACGUGAUGGUGCUACCAGAAUGCACGACACCUGGACUAUGCUGCCGUACAAGUGUGCGCAGCUCGAGUUUGCAACUGAAGCGCGAGACCGCAUCCGAACCUACUUCCGGAGCGUGAUGGAGGAACAGCGAGCGGUUUGUGAGCGGGAAGACGCACAACAUGCGGACACGUGGAUAUUUCCACUGAUCGAAAUGGGACAACUCGGAAUUCAUCAUGACAGUUUGGCCACGAAGCAAUUGUUGUCCGGGUGUUUAGCUGGUUCGCAGCUACGGUUAGCAACGGGGUACUUCAACUUAACGGAGACGUACAUGAACACACUGACGAAUGAUUGCCAAGCACAAUGUAAUAUCUUAAUGGCACACCCGAACGCUAAUGGAUUUCUCGGAGCAAAGGGACCAGCAGGCGGUAUACCAGCUGCAUACUCCCUGCUAGCUCGCAAAUUUCUCGAGAUGCUAAAAUCCUCCGGUCAAAGCCAUCGGGUGGAAUUGUUAGAGUACGAACGGGCCGGGUGGACGUACCACGCGAAGGGUCUGUGGUACUAUCUACCCGAUUCGCCCCUCCCGAACGUCACCCUGAUCGGUUCAUCCAACUUAGGUGAACGGUCCGUCAACCGUGAUCUUGAGGCCCAGGUCUGCGUGGUCACCAACAACGCCAACCUGCAGCGUAAGCUCGAAACAGAGUAUCAAAAUCUGCUGCAACACGCGGCCACAGCCGAAACGGAACUGAUCAACCGACCGGUACCCCGCUGGGUUCGUGCCGUCGUCGGUCUGUUUCGGAACUUUUUCUAAUCUCGCUUCUGUAUCGAUAACCCAGGACUGCAGAUAUCUGCGCUUACCUUGCAUCGAAAUUUGAUGCCAUUCUCAUGAUGCCGUGCGAACAAACUCCUCCAAUACAUUCCCGUGAUAAACACGGGUGUUGUGAUCAAGUUAAUCAUGUCAAUCGUUCGUUUUCGGCACAUACCGCCGCGACAUAGCUUAAUUUCAGUCACUACGCAUCGCACUAGCUUUAGUCGAACAAAAGAAUAUCUUGUUACACAAGUUUGUUACCGUUCCAGUUAGGUUCGUACACAGUACGACCAAUUACCAAAGCUACCGAGCUAGCAAAACGAGGGCAUAGUUCCUUCGUUUGGAUGUAAAAAACGUUGUUUUUAAAACAGUAAAACCUAGCGUACAA